GAAUUAGCAACCUGGUGGAAAGCGAGAAAGACAGAGUGAAGGGAUAGGACUCGAAAGAAAAACAAACAAGGAAGGAAGAAGGAAAGAGGCGACGUCUUUAUUUCAACAUGAGACUAUACCCAUUCUAAAGGAUGAUAACGAUGGGUUAGACAGGAUAUAAUAUGAUUGCAAAAUAAAAGCAAUUGUGUGUAGCGAUGUCAGCUCCACUCGGGCCCCGUGGCCCAGGCGCUCCCCCGCCGGUUGGAGCCUUACCCGACCUGCCGGACCUCAGUCACCUCACCGAGGACGAGAGAAAGAUCAUAUUGGGGGUCAUGGACCGACAGAAAAAGGAAGAGGAAAAGGAACAGUCGAUGCUAAAGGACAAAGAAGAACAAAAGCCUCAGCCAGCACAGUGGUUUAGUCCCUUUAGUGGGAUCACUGAGCUGGUAAAUAACGUUCUUCAACCACAACAAAAAUCCCCAAAUAAGGAGCCUGAGCCUGUGACUGAGGCUGAGACGAAGCUGCAUCAGCAGUUUGAGAGCUACAAGGACCAGGUGAAGAAGAUGGGGGAUGAUACAACCCAGCAGACCACUGUGCAGAAGAACACCAAUGACUCCCCUACCUGCGGGAUCUGUCACAAAACCAAGUUUGCUGACGGCUGUGGCCAUGUCUGUUCAUAUUGCCAAACCAAAUUCUGUGCUCGGUGUGGAGGACGAGUGUCUCUGCGCUCAAAUAAGGAGGACAAAGUGGUCAUGUGGGUAUGCAACUUGUGCCGAAAACAACAGGAAAUCCUCACCAAGUCGGGGGCGUGGUUCUACAGCGGGGCUGCCGGACCGCGGGGUGUGUCUGAGAGCCUCCGAGGUCGACGCCACGAGGAGGCCCCCCAGGAGAAGAAAGCCAAACUGCAACAGGACCUCCUGUACCAGAGACCUACUGGGGACAUAUUGGCGGGCCGGAGCAGAGCUCCAGGGCUUCCGAGGCAGGGAUCCCUGAACAACGGCUCUGGGCUGAGGCACUCUGGUCCAGGACAAGACAUCGACUGGAAACGAAGCCCUUCAGCGUCCAGAGAUCCAAACCAAAAACAGGAGAGGGAGGAGCUGGGUCAGUAUGCCCCGGGGGACAGCGCCAUGCCCAGAUCACCGUCUGAUUACGGGGAUGGGGACCCUCGCCGUGGCGUGCCGCGCAGGUACCGGGAUGCUGACGCGGCCCGGGGGGACUACAGAGGCGGGCGAGCCCGUUGGCACUCCCAGGAGGACUCCCCUCUGGACCAGGAUGGGCCCUACCCUUUAGACGAUCAGCCCAGUGAGUACGAGCUGCAGCGUCAGCGCCAGGAGGAGUACCAAACUCGCUACCGCUCGGACCCCAACCUGGCCCGCUACCCCGUCAAGCCCCAGCCCUACGAGGAGCAGAUGAGGAUGCACGCCGAGGUGGGCCGGGCCCGGCACGAGAGGCGCCACAGCGACGUGUCCCUGGCCUACACGGAGCAGGACGAGUCCCACGGGCCCGUCCGCCUAUCCCGGCAGCACCUGACCGAACGCCGGCCGCCCGUGUCGGGCCAACGCUCCUACUCCAUGGACCGAUCCUCCCCCGGCCACCACCGGACCUCCAACCACAGCCCCCCCACACCGCACCGCAGCCCCGUGCUGGGAGACAGGUCCGGGGACGUGAGGCGGGAGCCCAUCGGGUUCAGGGGAAUGCAGCACGAUUACCUGGACCCCAGCUCGGCGGUCCGAAAGACUAAGAGGGAGAAAAUGGACACCAUGCUGAGGAACGACUCUCUGAGCUCCGACCAGUCCGAGUCCAUCCGUCCACCGCCGCCGAAGCCCCACAAAACCAAAAAGGGGGGUAAGAUGCGCCAGAUCUCACUGAGCAGCUCGGAAGAAGAGCUAGCCACCACGCCGGAGUACACCAGCUGUGACGACGUGGAGAUAGAGAGUGAGUCUGUUAGUGAGAAAGGGGACAGUCAAAGGGGGAAAAGAAAAACUAUUGAGCAGGCAUUUCUGUCCGACUCGACACACGACACCUUAUCUGAGAGGCAAAAGGAAAUGGUGCGCGUUGGGGGCCAUUCAUUGGAAGAGGAUGCAGAGUGGGGGGAACCCCAGGUUAAAGACUCUGGCGUUGAUACUUGCAGUAGCACUACUCUAAACGAGGACAAUCAGCGUAGCCAUAGUGACAAGCAUCCAGUUACAUGGCAGCCCUCUAAAGAUGGAGAUCGCCUAAUUGGGCGCAUUCUGCUCAACAAGCGGAUGAAGGAUGGAAGUGUACCUCGGGAUUCGGGAGCACUGCUGGGUCUGAAGGUGGUGGGUGGUAAGAUGACAGAGUCUGGCCGACUUUGUGCUUUCAUCACUAAAGUGAGGAGAGGAAGUCUAGCGGACACUGUUGGACACCUCAGACCAGGUGACCAGGUGUUGGAGUGGAAUGGGAGGUUUUUACAAGGCGCCACAUUUAAAGAAGUUUACAAUAUCAUACUAGAAUCAAAGCCUGAACCUCAGGUGGAACUGGUGGUCUCCCGGCCCAUAGGAGAUAUUCCUCGGAUACCAGACAGCACACAUGCACAACUGGAAUCAAGUUCAAGUUCCUUUGAGUCUCAAAAGAUGGAUCGCCCCUCCAUCUCUGUCACAUCUCCCAUGAGCCCCGGGAUGUUGCGGGACGCCCCGCAGUACCUGUCAGGACAGCUCUCAAGCCAAAGCCUUAGUAGAAGAACAGCGCCUUUUGUCCCUAGGGUCCAGGUCAAACUGUGGUAUGACAAAGUGGGGCAUCAGCUAAUAGUCACCAUCCUGGGAGCCAAGGACCUGCCUUCUAGGGAGGAUGGCCGCCCCAGGAACCCCUAUGUCAAAAUCUACUUCCUCCCUGACAGAAGCGACAAAAGCAAGAGGAGAACAAAAACCAUAAAGAAAUCCUUAGAGCCCAAAUGGAACCAGACCUUUAUGUAUUCUCCUGUGCACCGCCGGGAGUUCCGUGAGCGCAUGUUGGAGAUCACCCUAUGGGACCAGGCUAGGGUCCGCGAGGAGGAGAGUGAGUUCCUGGGAGAGAUCCUGAUAGAGCUGGAGACAGCUCUGCUGGAUGACGAGCCCCACUGGUACAAGCUGCAGACCCACGAUGUGUCCUCCAUGCCCCUCCCCCGCGCCUCCCCCAACACCCAGCGCAGACACCUCCACGGAGAGAGCCCCUCACGGAGGCUGCCCAUACAGAACAAAGGGCCAUAUUCGUACAAUUCAGGAUCUCAGAGAAUCAGUGACAGUGAGAUCUCUGACUAUGAUUGCGAAGAUGGUGUUGGUGUAGUGUCAGACUACCGACAGAACGGCAGAGACCUCCAUAGCUCCACGUUGUCCGUACCUGAACAGGCCAUGUCAUCCAACCACUGCUCGCGGUCGGCGGACAUGAACCGGGCACGGUCACGGUCUCCCAGCGUACCCCCUCCACAGAGCGGAGGUCUGGACCCAGGCUAUGACAUUGACCCCGUCUCGUCUCAGUACAGCUCCUCCAGUAGAGUGGACCGGCGCAGUGCGUCUGAUGACCCCCACUCACCUGACAGCCGCAACCACCGCAUAUCCAACAUCAGUCGAGAAGAGGCUGUCAGGUUACUGCGCUCCACUAGGAUGUCGCGAGCGCAGUCUGAGGGUGCAUACUCCUCCUCGGCUUCCUUCGACUGUGACCACCCGAGGAACCAUGGGGCCGUGGAUAGACACGAGUAUCACAGCAGGUCCAGGUCAGCUGACCAGCGUCCCGCGCUAGAGCGCGUCGCCACCUCCCGCUCGCGGUCCACGGAGCGGCCCGACUCCACCCUCAUGAGGUCCAUGCCGUCUUUACCCUCCGGACGCUCCGCCCCUCCCUCACCUGCCUUAACGAGGGCGAACCCCCACAGUGGAUCGGCCCAAACCAGUCCCACCAGUACCCCCAUGUCCGACAGGAGAGGAGGUCGACAACUUCCACAGCUUCCACCCGCAGGGACCAAGGGCAGAAAAGACACGGACUCACCAGGAGGGAACAGCUCAGGUGCCAUGGAUGUGGAGGAGAGGACCAGACAGAUGAAGCUGAAGAUGAACAAGUUUAAGCAGGGGGCCGGCUCUGACUCCAGACUAGAACAGGACUACCCUAAGCGAAGAGAGGGUCAGCGAGGUUCUGACAACCUGUCAGCCAAGUCAUCGGACAGUGAUGUAAGCGACGUGUCCGCUGUGUCGAGAACCAGCAGUGCCUCUCGGUUCAGCAGCACGAGCUACAUGUCUGUCCAGUCAGAACGACCCAGAGGAAACAAGAAGAUAAGCUACUCCAAAUCAAGGAACCAAUCAAGGGAAGGGGAUGAGCAUUUAGGGGAGGUGCUGGAAGAAGAGGAAGUUUGGGCAGAGGAUAUGGUAGGGAGAGAGGGUGGCACACAAAUAGUGCAGCAUAGACUUAGGGAAGGAGAGGAGGAGGAGGAGGCAGAAGAGGAGGGAGGUCAGAGGAGGAGCACUGUGGUCACACAGAAGUCACAGGAGGAGAUGGAUGAAGAGGAAAUGCUGCAGAGGAGGUUCUCAGAGACUGACCUCAGGCAGAUGGGCACGUCGUCUGGCAGUAUGAACAUGACCAAGAGCACAAGCAUUGGUGGAGACAUGUACAACCUGGAGAAGACGGACGGCAGCCAAUCGGACACCGGCGUGGGCAUGGUAGGCGGGGACGGGGACAAGAAGAGGCGUUCCAGUAUUGGUGCCAAAAUGGCAGCUGUGGUUGGCCUCUCGCGGAAAAGCAGGAGCACCUCUCAGCUCAGCCAAACAGAAGCCGGUGGGAAGAAGCUUCGCAGCACCAUCCAGAGGAGCACGGAGACCGGCUUGGCCGUGGAGAUGAGAAGCAGGAUGACAAGGCAGGCCAGCAGGGAGUCCACUGAUGGCAGCAUGAACAGCUACAGCUCAGAGGGAAACCUUAUCUUCCCUGGUGUAAGGCUCUCAUCUGAUGCCCAGUUCUCUGACUUCCUGGAUGGACUAGGCCCUGCCCAGCUAGUUGGACGACAAACUCUAGCUACACCACCUAUGGGUGAUAUCCAGAUUGGUAUCGUGGACAAGAAAGGAGCACUGGAGGUCGAGGUGAUCAGAGCCCGUGGCCUUGUGGGAAAACCAGGUUCCAAGGCACUGCCAGCACCGUAUGUAAAGGUCUAUCUUUUGGAAAACGGAGCCUGCAUAGCCAAAAAGAAAACAAAAGUAGCACGAAAAACCUUGGAUCCCCUUUACCAGCAGCAACUGCCGUUUGAAGAGGCUCCUGGAGGGAAGGUUCUACAGAUUAUUGUAUGGGGAGACUACGGACGCAUGGACCACAAAUCCUUUAUGGGAGCAGUUCAGAUACUUUUAGAUGAGCUGGACCUGUCCAACAUGGUGAUUGGCUGGUUCAAGCUCUUUCCUCCUUCCUCAUUGGUGGACCCAACCCUGGCACCCUUGACAAGAAGAGCAUCCCAAUCGUCACUGGAUAGCCGGUCAUAGCAGUGUGUGGACUGAUAGCGUUGUUGUAGCAGUUAAACAAGUUGCGACAGACAGAAAGACAGGUCACACCCCUCGGUUACACUGCAUGCUUGAUGUUGUGUCUUCUGAGCCUGUUUCCAGGGGUGCAAACGUGGUCCUGUGUUUUGAGAAAAAUGUCGCACACAUUGUGCGUAGCAAGCAUUGCUCCCUCGGCAGGUCGGAGCGCCGGCUCAGAUGGAAGGCCGUAAUGAACUCUUUAGCACGAGGAAUCGACUCUAAAUAAAGCGAUUCCAGGUUUUCAUCCAAUCUUAAGCCAUGGGGGUCGGAACUGGGAACCCGCUCUAUGAGUUCUACAGAAGCCCUUUUUGAAUGAAAAAUGUAUGUUUUUGUUUUUAAUUUAUUGAUUUGUUUUUUUGUUUGUUUAUUGUUGAUGUACUUGUAUACCUGAAUGGGUGACUGACAGUGUUCCUGUCCAGAAGCUUGGUCACGCCACGCCAACAGACCUAGCUAGUUGUGUAAAUGGAGCUAUGAAGAUCAUUAGAAUAGAAAAGAGCUAGCUAAAGCUCACACUCCAAAUAUGAGGCCCUAGUCAGCAUAGCUAUAGUAGACCGGAGAGACACUACUACAGUUACUAAAGGCAAUACAAAAGUGGCUACUUUACCAUGAACGCUCCAGAGUCUAAUGAUCAGAACCCACUACAAGACUCACUUUUAUGACCUGAAGUUAUUAUUUCUCUGUUGAUAUAUUGUAUGAAAUUUAAAUUAAGAAGAAGAAAAAAAAAAAGAUUUUUUUGCAUGGACACAAAUUUAGCUGAAUAAAAAAAAUGAACAUUAUUUUCUUGAGGCUGCAACUUGCAAAAAAAGAUGAAGAAAAACAAACAAAACAGAUCAGCCAUUUUCAACAAUUUCUAUUAUUUUUAAAGAUAAAUUUCACUAGUGCAUGGUUUUCAAAGGGGAGUGAAUGCAACAGCGUGAUAAAAAAAAAGACACCUUGUUUUUCCUUCUUUAGACCAUCCAUAAACAUCAGUCUGUGUUUGGCAGACAAACAGGUAGGGAAACUAAAAUAAAACAUUUUGGGAAUUAUUUAACAAAAAACUGUUUAUGUGACAAAGUGAUGAUGAAAAUAAAUGUAAAUGAUUUAUUUCAUUGUAAAGGUUUACAAGCCUUAUAAAGAUAAACAUUACGUGCAAAUUGUACAAGUUUCUCUUUCUCUCCCUCGUCCCAGGGUGACCAUUGUACUCUUCAUUGCUACCAUUGUUCAAUCCCCCUGGUAUUGUCUAGAGUUUCAGGACUGUUGGUUAUUUUACAGUUCUGUAUCGUUUCUGGAUGUAUUUUUUUAAUUGCUUUGUUUAACAAGCAUGUUGAAAAAGAUUUUCUGCAACAUGGCUUGGGCACACCUUAAAGUAACUCAGCAUGUUUUGAUAAAGAUGAUAUUUGGGAUUUUUGCAGUUUCUUGUACAGUGCAUGUCAACUUCAUUACUUUUCUCCCUCACCUUCAAUUGAAUUCUACAGCAAAUGAUUAGUUACGGGUCUUUCAUGACCAAACUAUUAUAAUGUUUCAACAAAACAUUACACUAACCCUAAGAUCAUAUUUUAUUUAAAGUUUUUCAAGAAGACUGACAAGGAAAUAUUUUAUAUUAAGUGGAGGUUGACAAAAAAAGUUGUGGUUGCAAGUGUAUUUAAUUUCAGUAUUGUUAACUAACAUGCAAAAAAUAAUCUGUAUUGGUACAUCAAGAGGUAUAUUUAUACCCAAGCAAGAAACAGCAAACACAACUGAUGUAUAUUGCUGUGUACUGUAGUUCAAUGUUACAGACACUGUUUCUGAGAACGAGCGAAACACACGGUCAAACAACAUGGGAUGUUGCCACACAAUAUUCAUUUUUCUUUUGUUUUUGUGGAAAUAAAGUUAAUUUCAUAUAUUUUUAUUAGUUUAUUUACAAGCCAAGACCAAUUUAUUUUUUAUUUUCUAUUUCUGGUAAUUAUAUAUACUUCUCGUGUAUGGGAGGUAUAUGAAUCUAACAGUUAUGUCUGAAUGAAAAUAAGCUGAGAUGUUAUUCCUCUUCCAUGUUAAACCAAUGCACUCUAAUGUACAUCCAAUAUCCUGUUGCUAUAACGAAAUAUAUACUUUCAUUUUGAUUAUAUAUUGUACAUAUUAGGUGUCAGAAAUUUGAAUAAAACAAGCAAAAAUAGAUGAUUUUUUCGGAAUAGGAAUAAUGUCUCACAUGAUGACAAAGACAUAUGUUAUUUACCCUUUUGAAUGCCUUUUCUUUCUUUUGUUUUGGUGCAAUGUGUUUAUCCCAAGACUAUGUCUUGGUGAAGUAUGGUUGAGUACAGAGAUUUAUGUAAGUUAUUUUUCAAAUAAAAAAAUAAAAAAUGGAUAUUACACUGA